AUGGAUGUGAAUUUUACAACAUACACCCUGAUGGAACCACACAAUGCUAAAUCAUUCAAGUGUAUCUAUUUCACAUGCUUUUUGUUCCUCUAUGUUAUAAUACUGUUUGUGAACAUUUGGCUCACUGUAGUCAUUGUCUUAGAAAAAGCCCUUCAUGAACCAAUUUACAUUCUUCUGUGUAAUCUUUGUGUAAAUGAUGUUUAUGGAACAACAGCAUUUUAUCCUAAAUUCUUGCAUGAUUUAAUAUUGAAUUCAUAUGUAAUUCCAUCAUACAUGUGUGCGUUACAGGCUUUUGUUGUUUAUACUUAUGUCAUGUGUGAAUAUUCUACAUUAGCAGUGAUGGCAUACGACAGAUAUGUGGCCAUAUGUCAGCCUUUAGAAUAUCACUUAAAGAUGAACAGAUUUUCAUGCAGCAUAUUACUUUGCUUAUGUUGGGCAUUUCCUUUUCUUAAUAUGUUCAUUGCAGUUUUUUUGGCAAAUACGUUGGUUCCCUGUAGAAAUCAUAUUGAAAAGUUGUAUUGUGACAACUGGUCAAUAGUAAAACUCUCAUGCGAAUCAACUGUCAUCAAUAAUAUUUAUGGAUUUAUAUUUAUUGCAUUGUAUUUUGGCCUUGUGAUUGUAAUUAUAAUGUCCUAUAUAAAACUUAUUAUUUCAUGUAAAGUCUCAUUGGAGUGCAGAAGGAAAUUUUGGCAGACAUGUGUGCCUCAUAUAGUUUCAUUGAUAAAUCUCACUGUUGCAAUACUGUUUGAUACCAUCUACAACAGAUAUGGAUCAAGUGAUUUUCCUGUUCAUCUGCGUAGUUUUAUGGCUUUAGAGAUGAUUGUAGUGCCACCUCUAGUCAAUCCUGUAAUCUAUGGCUUAAAACUAACAGAAAUUCGCAAAAGAAUCUUAAAAUUAUGUAUAAAUUUUACCAAAAAUGACAAAGUAUGA